AUGAGCCCAAGAGCACGAAAGAUAUGUAUCGUUGGCGGAAGGUCCGUGGGGAAAUCGUCGCUCACGGUGCAGUACUGCGAGGAGCACUUUGUGGAGUCAUACUAUCCAACCAUUGAAAACCAGUUCUCCAAGUCCAUCCGGUUCAAGGGCCAGGACUUUGAGAUCGAGAUUUUGGACACUGCUGGCCAGGAUGAGUUCUCCAUCAUGAACCAGAAGCACCUCAUCGGCGUGCACGGCUACGUGCUCGUGUACUCCAUCACAUCCCGCUCAUCCUUCGAGAUGAUUCGCGUGAUAAGCGACAAGAUUUUAAACAGCACAGGUACCGAUAGCGUCCCCAUGGUGUUGGUUGGGAAUAAGUCUGACUUGGCCGGCUCCCAGAGACACGUGGAGGAGCUGGAGGGCCGUGCGUUGGCCCACGAGAUGGGCUGUGGUUUUGUAGAGACCAGUGCUCGCAAUAACGAAAAUGUGGCCAAGUGCUUCGAGGUGUUGAUCCAGGAGGUGGAGAAGACGAAUAACCCCGCCUCCAACGACCAGGAGAAGUGUGUGGUGAUGUAAAGUGGCUAUAGAGGAUUGGUUUGUGUGAUAUGGCUUUUUGUUUUUGUUCCUUUUAGAUUUGAUGGAUACUCUUUACUCGUGUGUAUGUGCGGUACUAGCUGGUCGGGAAUAGUGGAGGUAUAGCUCGUAGGCUGAGAGUGUGGGGUUUGGGUUACUCUGAUGGUGAGUAUGGUUCUGCUUGGUACUUUCAUUUAUCGGAUGGUUUCGUGGUCUAGUUGGUUAUGGCACCUGCUUAACACGCAGUACGUCCCCAGUUCGAUCCUGGG